GCGCACUCAACUCGCGCUGCCGCUACCGACGGACAUGUCGCGCGAAACGACGAGGAACCCACCUGGUCUGGUGAUCAAAAGGCACAACAUACGAAUAUGGUGCCACGACUGCGACAUGGCGAAGCUGCAGCGGGUCGUGUGGGAGGGCCACGGCUCGCGGCUGCUCAGCGAGGUCUCCAGCCAGCCUGUGGUCAAGAAAUUUCUGGAGGCCGUGCCUUAUAUCAUGAACACAAUCCGCGACAUCCACAGCGCGGUGAUCCAGAACGAUCUGGAAGGUCUGAUGAAGCACUCGGGCGACCCGGUGCCGCCGCAGGCGCUGUCCAGCAGAGAUGGUAACAACAUGACUGUCAUGCACAAGGCCGCGGGACUGGGUCACGGAGGCAUCCUCAAGUAUAUAGCAGAGCGGUACCCCCAAGGCAUAAAUGACGUGGAUAACGACGGACGCACCCCCUUGCACUACGCAGCUGCGGUCAAAGAUGAACAACACACGUACAACACUCUCGUGGGCUACGGCGCUGAUGAGGGCAUCGUUGAUAACAAAAAUAAAACACCAGGCUAUUACAUAAACAGACCCCAAGAAAUCGACAAAAACCUAUUCAAAGCUCUACCAGAUGCACCCCGAACUGCAUCGAGUGCUUAUCCUAAUUCUUGGGAUUGGAAACUGCUGGAUACAGAAGUGAUAGCUGAAUUACACAAAAAAUCCAGAAAGAGAAAUUUAAAGGCAUCUACAGAAAAUAUAUCAUCAAAGAACCUUUCUAAUACCAUAUCAGAAAGCACGGACAACCAUGUAGGUGGCAUGAAAAAUAGUAGCACGCGGGAUCUGAUUAAAGAGCUGCCAGAUUUAGAUGACACAAGUAAACCAAAUGUAGGGGAUGUACACAUCCCAAUGAUAGAAUGUAACCGGGAUUCACAACCUGAAGAAGAAGAGAACCAUGAUGAAACACAAAAUACAGAAACUGAGGAAAAUAACGAAGAGGCCAAUCAUGAAGUGGCCGUAGCCAAUUCUGAAGACGCAGCAGAAGAUGAACAUAAUCUAAAUAAUGAAAAUGAAAAGGAUGCCAAUGGUACCAAUAAUUCAGAGGAGGAAAAAAACCUGUCAACAAAUGAUGAGGAAGCAAAUAACGAGGAAAACCAAGCAGAGGAAGAAGAAGAAAUAGGUGAAUCAGUCAAUAUAAAUGAUGCGGAAACGCACGAUAAUAAAACUCAUGAUGAUAAAACUCACGAUGAUGAAACUCAUGAUGAUGAAGCUCAUAAAGAUGAUGCUCAUGAUGAUGAAGCUCAUAAAGAUGAUGCUCAUGACAAUGAAGCUCACGCUGAUGAAACAGAGCAAAAUGCUGAAGAAAAUAUCAAUUCCGAUCACACACAAGAAGAAGAAGAAACUCAUACCAAAUCAGACGAGGAACACAAUGAAACUACAAAAGAAGAAACAAAAAUAGAACGUACUGAAACUAAACAUGGCGAGGAAGAAACAACAACGGAAGAACAUAAUGAGGAACCAGAACCAAAUAAAAACUAUGAACAUGAAGAAAUACAUAAUGGUAAUAAUACAAAUGCUGAAGACUAUGUAAACACUAAUUAUGCUAACACAACACACGAUUCUGGGGCUGCAGCAGACGAAGGAAACCUGUCCAACGGCCGAAGCGCACUAGAAAGUCUGAUUGAAGGCAUUAUUAGUGGUGAAGCCGAGCAGGAUUCACAAGAUGCAAGUAUGACGGAAAGAAAUGGAUCAGUACAUGAGGACAUACUUAUUGUUGAUAACGAAAUAGAUCCAGAAGUAACUGACUUAAUUAAUACCGCCAACAUGGAAAUGUUAGCUACUUUAGUCUUAAAUGGAGAAGGAUCUAGAUUGGUAGGCAGACAUUCAGGAAAUUCUGAAUUACAAGCGUUUUUGGAUAAUGUACCCACGUACAUGCAAAAAAUUAACAAAGUUCACGUAGCGGCGAGAGAAGGCAACAUACGAGAUCUUCAGGCUGCCUUAGAUAGACGGAAAUUUGCAAUUGCUAGAGAUCCUAUAUCGCCAAAUGGAGCAACGCCUUUGCACGUCGCAACUGUAUUUGGAAAAACGAACAUAAUGAAAUAUUUGGGAGGAAGAUUUCCUGAAACUUUGUCUGCCGUCGAUUUUGAAGGAAGGACAGCAUUACAUUAUGCCGCUGUAAUACCUGACAAUGGUCAUUAUUACAACUUAUUGCAACAGCUUGGAGCCAAUUCUAAGGAUUUAGAUGAUAGUGGACGAUCAGCUGAUGAUUACCUUAAAAAUCCAGAUUUAUUACCGUUUCAACAACUGUUAGCUGAUUAUGGAAUAAGCGAAGAAGCAGCUCGUGAAAUGUUGUCUGAUAAAGUUCCUGAGGACCGCGUGUCGUCACGACGAGCAUUGGAUGUGCCUGAAGCUUUGGACACGCUUGAGCGCUGUUACCGUCUGCUAGCGUCCGCGAGACCAAAUCGAACUCCUUUGUCAGCUUCUUCAAACAGAGCAACACCACCGCUUGUUUUGGGCAGAUUUCUAAAGCGACCUAUAUUUGAAAUAAUCAAAUGCAGAGUAACCAAACUAGACCAUGAUCUAUUUGAUGUUAUUUGGCCAGCCGUUAAAAAACUACCAGACAAUAGAAAUAUUAUACAAACAGUAGAGGAAGAUUUUCCAGGGGGCAUUGCAGCUCCAGACUACUAUGUUUACGAAGUGUUUCACGAAUUCUUAAUCCCACUCAUCAAAGACCUACACAAUAUCAAUGUCAAUUUAGAUUUAACUACGCAUCCACCAUCCGAUUUCACGAAACUGUCAUUGAAACCUUCGACCACAAUUUCUUCUGAACCUCUUGUAGAGUUAAACAUCGAUCCAAAUGACGAGUUCGUUCUAUCAGGAACUAUUGAAUGUUCCCGAAACUUGGCAGGGUUUGAGUUGCCCUUGAAUCUUAAGAUUGGGAAAUUAGAAACCAUAGAAAGAAUUAUAACAACAGUUCUUAUGCAGCAGGAUUUUGCAAAAUUUAGUGAAACUUCAACUGCUGAAUCCGAUCAGAAAGGAGGAACUUACUAUACAUUGAAUGAGGUAAUGGAAAAGCCAUCGGAAAUAUGUGCAACACUGGCUGCCAGUGGAUUAUUGAUAGCUUUGUGUGAUAGAGACGAAAUCGAUGACUGCGCCCGUCUACACGGCACUCACUGGCCUUACGGUCGCGGUGUUUUUGUUAGUGAAGACAAGACACUAGCAGUGUGGAUAAAUGUGCACGACCAUGUGAGGGUCCUUAUAUCAAAUCCGAUCGAUUCUCCAGGAGAAAUUGGUUUGCCAUUUAGCAAACUGUCAUACAUAAUGGCGUAUUUACAUGAAAAGAUAGAUUUUGUUUGGGAUGAAAAGCUUGGUCACUUGAGUAGUAGACCUACAUACCUAGGCGCCGGAAUACGAUUCAGUUUGAUUAUUAACUUUCCUGGUCUCUCGAAGGACCCAGAUAAUAUGAAACAUCUUUGUGCUAUGAGAGGACUGCAAUAUAGAGAAACCUUGACAGCGGACAUUGCAAGAAUCAGCAACUACCAGUGCCUAAGCGUUACAGAAACCAACUGCUUUAAUGAUUUUGCAACAGCCGCUUCAAAUCUGCUUCACCUAGAAAAAGAUCUAGCUAUGCAAAACUCAGCACACAUUGCGACGAUGCUUUCAAAUAUUUUCCGGAGAAAAAGAAGCAGUUUGGCGGAUUUAGAUAAUCCCGAGCAGUUUCCACAGCAAUAA